CCCGUCAGAGAAGUUUAAAGCUAUGAAAACUAUACCAGCGGAAAGCGGAGGAGAUAACAAAAUCAGUAAAAAGGGUUUUUGAAAAAGAAGCUUUCUGGAGGCCGGCAAACCGGUUUUAAGGUAAAGUCUGUUCUGCUGGAAAAUGCAGCCAUAUCCCCAUCAAGCUCAUCAAAAUGUUCAUGCUCAUGCUGGAAAAUGCGAUCCCAACAGGUCUAGAUGACCACCGUGGCGUUGUUUUAGAAUGUUUUAAAUGCGAUAUUCGUCAUCAGGAGCCCAAGAUGUACUAGUUGUGUUAUUCUCGAACAAUUCCGGUGAAGUCGAUAUAAACUCUGGUAGACUGUCGAACGAAUCACCCAGCAGUACAAAAUGGUUGAUCGCUCAAAAUGGAUCUUUCCAGCUAGCAGUAUGAGAAUACUUGAAAGUAUUAGCUGAAGUCGGAUUUCGCUAUUCCGGCACCCCCAGAAAGGCUUCACUUCGCAACUUAUGAUCGAGGAAAACAAGUGAUUUUUCGCGGUAUGCAAAAGUUUUCCAGCUCUUCGAUACCCGAAGAGAAGCUAUUCCAACAUUGAUGUCGACCUACAGACAAGAAAAACCAAUAUGUUAAAUUAUUUUUUCGACGAAUUUACUCGGAUGAGUGGGUAACAUUUUGGUGAAAACUAUUUCAUGAAAGACCCGACCACUUCUCUGCUGAGUUAUAGUUAAAACAAAAAAAAGUUUGGACCGUACGGAAAAUUUUUGCAGCAGUAGUAAAUAUCGGUUCAUUCGAAAAUACGAGAGUGAUUUUCAACAGCAUCCUGCUUCUGACAAAACACAUGCUUUAUCAUGUUAAUAACUGGACUGAUCAGUAAUAAGUACGUUUUUAUAUGACAAACGCUGUCUAUUUUCAGCUUCUAGCACAACAAUGAGUUCAUCAUCGCCAUUAUCAAUCAUGAGUGGCACGACUAGCAUCACAACAACCGACACAAUCACUACAUCGCUACAAUUGACUACCACAAGCGUUAGUACAACUGCACUGACUACAACAAUCACUACAUCGCUACAAUUGACUACCACAAGCCAACUACAACCAGCGCCGACCCAACAAGCACUACGUCAACAACUACAACCAGCGCCGACCCAACAAGCACUACGUCAACAACUACAACCAGCGCCGACUCAACAAGCACUACGUCAACAACUACAACCAGCACUCACUCAACAAGCACUACCACUACGUCAAGUAAUUCACUGCAUUUUGAGAGUUUUUUCGAAUACUCAAACUGUCGUUGUUCUAGCCACAACAACAACAUUUGCUUGUCCAACGAAUUACUUAAGUCCUUAUGCUACAUAUAAUACAGUUCUGGCAUCAUCUCCCGCUGCAACAGGAGCUUUUGGUACAAAUAUUGUUGUGAAUGGUGACGGAGAAACUGGUGUUUGCGAAACAAGUUCUGGAUCAAUAUCUCCACUCGGCUGGACGACAAACGGACCUAUAACACAAGUAUCUUACUUCAAUUCAGUUUAUGGUGAUUUAUCAUUUUCUGAUCCCGGACCGAGUGAUCGUGGAUGCUGCUACUUUUUUGGUCAAAUAUCAGCUAAUACGAGUAUGUCACAAACUAUUAAUCUAACAGCUUAUUCAACAGCUAUUGAUGCCCAUAACGUUUCGUAUAAUCUGUCGGCAUGGCUUGGGGGAUAUAUGACUGAUGAUGAUAGUGCCUCAGUCAUCGUACGAUUUUUCAGCCAAUCGAUGCUCCUGCUCGGUUCAAGUGCGAUGAUCGGUCCUGUGUUAGCAGCUGCUCGAGCCAAUGUAGACGGUAGAGUCAGUGCUGGCGAGGAUGAUACCGCGAAGUCAUCCAGUUGUCACGUACGAAAAUCUGUACAUGAGAAUCAAAGAAAGCCACGACAUGGCUGGUCAUCAUGGACGAGACAAGAUGUGAAUCGAGCACAAAACACUUGGAAUGAUCUUGUCAUUAUCAAUAAUCGCCCUCGUCAUCCUCAAACACAGGGCUCAGUUGAGGGUGAUAAUCACACACUGGAAUUAGCUCUUGGCAAAUGGAUGCAAUCAAAUAAUUCAACUGAAUGGCCUAAAGUUUCUGAACAAAAUGAACAUACCAGUAAAGUUUAG